AUGUCUUUGUCCCCAGCUUCCUCGAUGACCAGCAGUGACGCCGAUAGCGUCUACCACGAAGAAGACGUGUUAACCUGCCUAUGGAAAAAAUGUAAUCGUCAAUUUGAUGAUGCCGAGACCAUGUAUACCCAUCUCUCGACGGAUCAUGUGGGUAGAAAGUCCACGGGAAAUUUGUGUUUAGAUUGUUAUUGGGAUGACUGUGAUGUGCGAACCUCAAAAAGAGAUCACAUCACCAGUCAUCUCCGAGUUCAUGUUCCUUUGAAACCGCACAUCUGUGAGAAUCUAAAAGGAAAAAAACUUCUCCUUAUUAUAGACAUGCAAGAAAGCAUUCAAACGUCCACAGGACUUGAAGAAACACUACAAAAUUCAUAG